CGCCACUGAAUAAAGCAAAGCAAGCUUACAUUAGCACAUCCAUCCCCAAAGAAAACCCUUUUCUCUCUUGUUAUAAAAGGCUACAUUUCAUUCCUCUUUUCCCGCUUCCUUUCCUCUCCAAUAACAGAAGCAAUCGAGAACUGAGAACACAACAAUCUCUCAUCUCUCUCUCUCUCUCUCUCUCUGUGACAUAUUGAUAUGGCUGCUUCUGCUUCAAACUCAACCCUUCACUCACCCACCACUCCCAACACCACCUUCGUCCAAGCCGACCCUUCCAACUUCCGCGCCGUCGUUCAGAAACUCACCGGCGCCUCCGACGACCCCUCCGCCCCUAAACUCCCCCUCACUCUACCCUCGCGCCUCGCGGCGGCGCAGUCCCACCACCGCCCCGCCGUCGGCGGCGAGGUGAUCGGCCCAAAGAAGCCGAACUUCAAGCUCCACGAGCGUCGCAACGCCGCCGCGAAGAAGCUGGACCUCCCCAUCGACAGAGCCAUGAGCAUGAUGAUGAUGACGAGCCCUACGUCCUCGGUGGUUCGAAACAGAACACCAACAACGUUGGAGAACAUGAACAUGAUGAUGAUGAUGAUGGGCUCGCCGGUUUCCCCACUGGAGUUUGUGGCGCGUGGAAGUCCACGCACGCCCCACGAGGAGGAAGAAGAGAGAGCGAUAGCGGAGAAAGGGUUCUACUUGCACCCUUCCCCUCGAGCUUCUCAACCUCCUGAGCUUUUGCCACUCUUCCCUUUGCAUUCUCCCACUCACAACAACCACACCACCAAUUCCUAAUUAACCUUUUUUAAUUAUUUUAUUUUUUGUGAUGAUUUGGUUUCUUUUUAAUUUUACUGGUGCUAUGGAAUUAAUUAACUAAUUGUCAGUUUGAUGAUGUGUAUUUAAUAUUUAUGUAUGUAUGUAUGCUGUGGAAGGAGAGUUUAUGAAUGUGAAUGGUGACUGUUUUUGUGUUGAUUCUACGUUAAGAAAGAAACUUUGGUUUAGCA